AUGGACAAAUAUUGGGUGUUUCUCGAUCGGGACACUGAUGAAUAUAUUUUUGGGCGCCGUGCAUUUAUCAACCAUGCACAAGCUAUCUCCCUUGUUCCUAAUAGAAUCUAUUGCCCUUGUAAAGAAUGUAAAAACCGGUGGAGACAAUCUGUGAAAGAUGUAGAAAACCAUAUACGUUGUGUAGGCAUGUGGAAUGACUAUGUAAACAUGCCUUGGACCGCACAUGGCGAGCAAUUACCCCUAAUAAAUGAACUUGAUGUAGCAGGUUCGUCUGCCCCACAAGAUAUUAUGCCAAAAGAUGAUAUGGCUAAUAUGUUGCAGGAUGCUUUUGGGUUUCAUGAUGAUACUACCAUGCCUCCGUCCUCUUUAGGGACAGGUGGAGGUCAUGACUCUCGUCCAACCCCAGAUGCCAAUAAAUUCUACAAGCUACUGGAUGAUGUAGAUACUGAUCUUUUUCCUGGAGCACGAAUGAAGAAGCUUGAAUUUCUAGUAAGGUUAUAUAAGAUUAAGUGUUUGCACUCAAAUAGUGAUGUAUCUUUUUCUGAGACUCUAGAUCUAUUGAGAGACACAUUUCCUGCAAAUACGACUCUCCCAAAAAGUUUUUACAAGACAAAAAAAUUGAUCAAGGACAUCGGUUUGUCGUAUGAAAAAAUUGAUGCAUGUCCGAAUGAUUGUAUGUUGUAUUGGAAAGAGCAUGAAAAUGAUACAAGUUGUCAAGUUUGUGGUAUUAGCAGAUGGAAAAAGAAGAAGAAUGGCAAUGAAGUUGGUGGAAAACCAAAAGCUGCUAAGAUUUUACGUUAUUUUCCAUUGGGUCCUCGAUUGCAACGUUUAUAUAUGUCACGUCAUACUGCAGAUUCGAUGUCUUGGCAUUCAAAACUAAGGACUAAAGAUUGGGUACUUCGACAUCCUGCUGAUUCUCCAGCUUGGGCAAAGUUAGAUGAAAAAUAUCCAGAAUUUGGUAGCGAGUGUCGUAAUGUUCGUCUGGGUUUGGCUAGUGACGGAUUUAACCCUUUUGGAAUGAUGAGCUCUUCAUAUAGUACUUGGCCUGUUGUGAUGUCUGUCUAUAAUCUACCUCCUUGGUUAUGCAUGAAGCAACCAUACUUGUUCUUGUCAUUACUCAUACCAGGCCCAAAGGGACCCGGUAAUAAUAUUGAUGUGUAUUUACAACCACUCGUGGAAGAGCUAAAGAUGUUGUGGACUGAAGGGAUUGAGACAUAUGAUGCAUUCAAGAAAGAGAAAUUUACCAUGCGAGCUGCUGUGUUGUGGACUAUAAAUGAUUUUCCUGCAUAUGCCAUGUUAUCCGGUUAUAGCACAAAAGGUUACAAAGCUUGUCCAGUGUGUGCUGAAGAUACAGAGUCUGUUAGGCUAGUGAAUUGUCAAAAAGAAUGUUAUAUGGGACAUCGAAGAUGGUUGAAUGAUAAUCAUCGGUACCGUGGGUGGAAAAAUAAUUUCAAUGGUGCUGCAGAACGAAGGCCUCGCCCGAAGCCUAUGACGGGUUCUGAUUGUCUACGAGCAACGCAUGGCUUGACAAUUCAAUUUGGGAAUGGGAAGAGGAAGAAAAUUCCUCGAAAAUGUAAGCGUAUAUCUGAAGGACCACCUGAGCAGGAAUUUGGUAAUUGGAGGAAGAGAAGUAUAUUUUUUGAAUUGCCUUAUUAG